ACAGAGAGAGAGAGAGAGAGAGAGAGAGAGAGGGGGGGAGAGAGAGAGCAGGCAGCUGAAAGUGUUAGGAAUCUUCCUCAGACCUCUCCCACGGCACAGCAUGUUGGCUCUUGCCAGACGAUUCUGCAACUUAAUUUUUCACACACUGCGUUGAGCUGAAUAAGAGAAGGCUUGUUAAAGUUUUGAAGAGGUUAGUUUGCGGUUACAGAGGAAGUGCAGUGGAAUCCGGAAAGGGUUUUUUUUUUUUGCAUGAAAAUGACUUGGCAUCCAUCAUUUCAAGGUUAGAGACAGUCAUCAUGAUGUUCCAAUGCAUGUUGUUAGAACGCGUUUUUCUGGGAACAGAUCGUGAAAGAAGCUAGUUGGCGUUUUUUUGUGUGCAAAAUUCCGUCCCAGAGAUGAAAGAGAAAUCUAAAAACGCCGCAAAGACGCGGAGAGAAAGAGAGAAUGGGGAGUUUUAUGAGCUGGCAAAACUGCUUCCUCUGCCGGCGGCCAUCACCUCCCAACUGGACAAGGCCUCCAUCAUCCGGCUGACCAGCAGCUACUUGAGGAUGAGAGCUUUCUUCACAGAAGGUAUGAGCGGAUGGAGCAAUUUGCCAAGUUUGGAUCUGAACAUCUUGACCAAAGACCUGAGCUCCCACCUUUUACAAACGCUAGAUGGCUUUCUGUUUGUUGUUGCAUCUGAUGGGAAAAUCAUGUACAUCUCCGAAACAGCAUCUGUCCACCUCGGCUUGUCCCAGGUUGAGCUAACAGGAAACAGUAUAUUUGAAUACAUCCACCCAUCAGACCAUGACGAGAUGACAACAGUACUAAGUUUUCAACAGCCACCUCACCAUCACUUCUGUCCAGAAUACGAAGUUGAACGAUCCUUCUUUUUGAGGAUGAAAUGUGUCCUUGCCAAAAGGAAUGCAGGAUUGACAUGUGGGGGCUAUAAGGUGAUCCAUUGCAGUGGCUACCUAAAACUCAGUCUACACAGGACUGAGAUGACGUUGUAUGAAUGCUGUUAUCAGAUUGUGGGUUUGGUGGGAGUCGGCCAUUCCCUGCCCCCCAGUGGGAUCACUGAGAUCAAACUUCACAGCAACAUGUUUAUGUUUCGGGCAAACCUGGACUUAAAACUCAUCUUUUUGGACAUAAGCGUUGCUGAGCUGACAGGCUUUGAGCCUCAAGAUCUUAUUGAGAAAACCCUCUACCACCAUGUUCACACAUGUGAUGUUCUACACCUACGCUAUGCACACCAUUUAUUACUCAUUAAAGGACAAGUGACAACAAAGUAUUACCGCAUGUUAGUAAAACAUGGAGGCUGGGUGUGGGUGCAAAGCUAUGCAACCGUUGUCCACAACAGCCGAUCUUCCAGACCUCACUGCGUGGUCAGUGUGAACUACGUUCUCACAGACAAUGAGUGCCAGGAACUGCAGUUAUCUGAAGACCAAGUUGCCAAGCUUCCUUCACAGUUUGUCUUGAGUCAGGACAACCACAAACAGCUGAGAACUAAAGACAUACAGCAGAGGACCAAACUCAGAUCAGCUCCAUACACCUAGAACCUGGGCCGUCAGCAGAUGUAGGUACUUAGAAGAUUACCUCAGUAGUAGGUAAUCAGCCUGCUCUCAGCUGUCUGAAGGACAAGUCAAAGGAUCAUUGCAGUACAUGGAGGGGGUUUUGUCUACGUCACUGACUCCAUUUAUGGAGAAAACAAAGAAUUUAAGGCUCAGAGUAAAACAGAAUAGUGGACUUUGAGAUGGUCUGACCCAAAGCUGCUUUUAUCUCAGUGUGAAGUCUGAUAUCAAAUAAGCAUCGUAUUGCAUCAUUUAUACUCUGCCAGUUUCCAUGGUGCUGGAGAAAAACUGUUGUGUACAGAAGCAAGUGCUCUACAGCCAGCAAUGGAAAGAAAAAAUCAAUGGCUCAUCUGCCAUAAUCAGAAAUGAUCCACCAGGGCGGAUGGUCAUUUUGUAAUUCUUCAGAACAGAACUGUGGAAUGCAUGUUUACAUGCAUUUAAUUUCUUGGGUUUCAAGGAAAAUAAAAUGCAGGGUCUACAUAUCUCUCUACGUGUUGAUCAAGAAUAAAUAGCUCUUAAAUAAGCUCUUGUUUUAGUGGGUAGUGAGAAUAUUGUAGUGUUUAAAACGGUUCAGAAUGUUACUACAUCAUUUUAAUUUAAAUAAAUUACUACUUUAUAGUCCCAUACACUGCAAGUAAAAGGCAAGAUGAAAAUUCACAGAAUACAAGCAAAGUACAGAAUCUAAAAACAAUUACAUGGCAUUUAGUUAAAAGGAGCAAAAUAUGAAUAUAAAACUCUAAAAGCUAAGAUUAUCAGAUAUCUGGCCUGACAUACUGCAUGAUUCUAGUGGUUGGAAAAAGGAAUCAGCUCUGCUCCAAUACUUCAGCUGAACAGCUGGUUAGCACCGGGAUCAUGUUCAGGUUUGACUAAGGCUGUAAUACAACAAAGUGCUAGGAGUUAUAGUGCUAAUUACU